CUGUGAGUGGGGUGAAUUGACUUCCUUGCAGUAGGCUCUUGUUUGCACACAAAGAGGACACACAUGCGCAGGGCAGCAGGACUGCUCAAACCAUGAAUUACGUCGGACAGUUAGCAGGCCAAGUAUUUGUUACUGUGAAGGAACUCUACAAGGGAUUAAAUCCGGCUACGUUAUCUGGAUGCAUCGAUAUAAUUGUUGUGCGGCAGCCAAAUGGCAAUCUCCAGUGCUCCCCAUUUCAUGUCCGUUUUGGGAAAAUGGGGGUGCUACGUUCCAGAGAGAAAGUGGUGGACAUAGAAAUUAAUGGGGAAUCUGUCAAUUUGCACAUGAAACUCGGAGAUAAUGGAGAAGCAUUUUUUGUUCAAGAAACAGAUAAUAAUCAGGAAAGAAUUCCAUCACAUCUAGCAACAUCACCUAUUCUGUCAGAAGGAGCUGCACUAAUGGAAUCACAACUGAAAAGGAACUCUGUAGACAGAUUGAGAAACCUAGACCCUUCUGGAUCCACACAGAUUCCAAUUGCAACCCAGGCUCCAAGUGAGAAUCCCACGGGUUGCGGCUCAGUAAAGAAAAGAAGGAAAAGGAGAAGAAAAACCAAGCUAGACAAUUUAAAAAGGGAAGACAAUGUGAACACCUCAGAAGAUGAUGAUAUGUUUCCUAUUGAAAUGAGUUCUGAUGAGGAAAGUGAGCCUCUGGACAAUACAAAAUGUGUACAAAUGACUCCUAUACAUGAUGCAUCUGCCUAUCUGGGUGAAGUUUCUGAGAUUAAGACCUCCCCGCUCACUACUUAUCCCCAAUCCGCAUCAUACCCCAAUUCAGAAGGAGAAUGGUCACCAAUUCAAAGUAAGCCCGUUGGUUGUACAGUGAUACCCCCUCAUCUUCUGGUGGCGGUAGAAGGUGGUCUUUCUAGGUCUUGCCCUUCACAGUCUUCUCUUUUUCCGGCUUCACAAAGUCCCUUGUGCUCCCGGCCCUCCACUCCGAAAAGUGAUUCGGAAUUGGUCAGCAAGCCUUUGGAGCGAGGAAUGCAGAAGAACAAUCCGGAGAUGCACUGGCCUUGGGGAGAACUGCCUCAAGCUGCAAAGACUAUUUCUCUACAUAAGGCAAAAGAAUCUAGUUCAGUGAAUAUAAACCUUUCUGAAAAUACUCACUUUCGGAUCAUUCAGAGUGAAUCUUCAGAAAAUUUGAGCGACCUGUCCCCUUCAUCAACUUUGGGACCACCAGAUGAUAUACCUUCAGAAGAACCCGGUCCUUCCCCAGGUCCAGAUUUUAUGACUGAAACAGAUGUAGAGGCUUUAGGAGCAGCAGCACCACCAAUACCUACAAAUGAAGAACCAAAGCCACCCACAAUUAACUUAAACCAACCAAUGAGUAAGACAGAUUCUCCUUCCCGGAAGAAAGAUAAACGAAGCAGGCAUCUUGGUGCUGAUGGUGUCUACCUAGAUGAUCUUACUGAUAUGGAUCCUGAAGUUGCUGCACUUUACUUUCCCAAAAAUGGCGAUAAUACUGUACCUGGUAAAAUGGUGAACGAAAAUGGAACUCGGUCUGCCAGCCAGUCCCCUCAGUCUGUGGGUAGUUCGGGUGUUGACAGCGGAGUUGAAAGCACCUCAGAUGGAAUGAGGGACUUGCCGUCUAUUGCCAUCUCACUCUGCGGAGGACUUAGUGAAAAUAAAGAAAUAACUAAAGAUGAGUUUUUGGAACAAGCCGUGUCAUAUCAGCAGUUCGUAGACAACCCUGCUAUCAUCGAUGAUCCUAACCUUGUCGUAAAGAUUGGGAAUAAAUAUUACAAUUGGACAACAGCAGCUCCUCUACUCCUCGCAAUGCAGGCCUUCCAGAAACCUUUGCCAAAGGCCACCGUGGAAAACAUCAUGAGGGAUAAAAUGCCAAAAAAGGGAGGAAGAUGGUGGUUUUCAUGGAGGGGGAGGAACACUACCACUAAAGAGGAAAGCAAGCCAGAAGACCUGGAUGGAAAGGGACUUAAUACAGGAGAGCAGUCAUCUCAGAUGGGCAUUGGAAACAGAAUCAAGGAUGAGUCAUCUUCAAGCGAUGAAGACCAUACAGCGGCCAAACAAGCUAACUCCAGUCACCUCCCCCAUUUGUCUGGCGUCAGCUACAAAAAGACACUUCGACUCACUUCAGAGCAACUGAUAAGCCUAAAAUUAAAAAAUGGUCCAAAUGAUGUGGUCUUCAGCGUUACUACACAAUAUCAGGGCACUUGUCGCUGUGAAGGCACCAUAUAUCUAUGGAACUGGGAUGAUAAAGUUAUUAUUUCUGACAUAGAUGGAACGAUUACUCGGUCAGACACCCUGGGUCAUAUUUUGCCCACACUUGGCAAGGAUUGGACACAUCAGGGGAUUGCAAAGUUGUAUCAUAAAGUGAGCCAAAAUGGAUACAAGUUUUUGUACUGCUCAGCCCGGGCUAUAGGGAUGGCGGAUAUGACAAGGGGGUAUUUACAUUGGGUUAAUGAGAGGGGCACAGUACUACCUCAGGGACCCCUGUUACUGAGCCCAAGCAGUCUGUUCUCAGCUUUGCACAGAGAAGUAAUUGAAAAGAAACCUGAAAAAUUUAAAGUUCAGUGUUUGACUGACAUUAAAAAUUUGUUCCAUCCUAAUAUGGAACCCUUUUAUGCUGCUUUUGGGAACAGACCUGCUGAUGUUUAUUCCUACAAACAAGUGGGAGUAUCACUGAAUAGAAUAUUCACUGUAAAUCCCAAAGGAGAACUUGUACAAGAACAUGCAAAGACCAAUAUCUCAUCGUAUGUGAGACUUUGUGAAGUGGUAGAUCAUGUGUUUCCUUUACUGAAGAGAAGCCAUUCUUCUGAUUUCCCUUGUUCAGAUACCUACAGCAAUUUCACCUACUGGAGAGAGCCAUUGCCCCCUUUUGAAAAUCAAGAUGUUCACUCCUCCUCAGCAUAAAUGUACCCUCAGCGUUUUGUCAUCAACACAGUGGUCUGACUAGCAAACAAUUAAAGGACAAGUUUUGUGGACAGUCCAGCUGGACUGUGUGGUAGCGUGAGCUGGAAUUAAAGUCACUUAGAAGUGUUUUCUUUUUCUAAACCAACAUUUCUAAAUGAUUCACGAAGAGCAAUAGUCAGGGGUGUUACCCACUUAUGCUUCUUCACUCCGUCAUUUGUAUUGGAAGCCCAGUCAGGAGGGCAAUAUGCCAGCUCCAGCUAAUGAGGGUUAAAGUGCAAUGCAGGUUAAUGAAACCAAACCAAAGUGUCUGUAAGAGUUGCUGCUGCUGAUCUCAGUUUUAUUCAGGAAAAUCUAAAGUGUAUAAUUUAUAGAGAAAGGGGGGAGGUGGCAUCAGCCCUGACUUGUGAAACUUUUUCUGAGCCAAAUAUCUCCCAAGCAUCCCAACACUUUUGAGGGGUGUCUUGAACAUCUAAGUAAUCUUAGUAUGAGGUCUUUUAAAGGUGAAACCAAACCACCCUGCUGGGGAUGGCUAAGCUUCAUGAAUUUGCCUUUACAGUAUUUUCAUUUAGUUGAAUAUAUAUUCAUAAUUGUUAAUCUCCAGUUUCGGCUCUUUAAGUGACCUGUGUAUUAUGCAAACUUCUUUUUUUUGAACUUGGCUACACAACAUUUAAGCCUUAAGUCUAUACAACAAAAAUGGUGUUUUCCUGGCAGUCUGUCUUGCUUCCCAUACUUGUAUGCCUUAAGAUUAAAUGACAUGCAAUAUUAAUAAGGAACUAUUUUCAGCCAAUUCAGAUGUUGAAUUAAAAAAAAUGACUUUGCUUAUAAUCUAGUUCAGUAUAGAGCAUUUGGUUUGUUCCUAAAGAAGGUGGUGACAAAUUUAGACUUGAAUUAGGCAUACGCCAAAUGACUGAUGAUUUUUUUUGGCACUUCUAAAAUAGUCUUGUCUUCUUUAAAACUAUUUAAAGAACAUUAAAUUUAAGCUAUUGUCUUUGUACAUGUUAUGUAUUGCCUCUUAUAGCUCCGAUUGAAGAACUAUGUGAACCUACUAACCCAGACUUUCUAUAUUCAUUUUUACAAAAACCUGUAUUAGUCCACUCAUUAUUUUUAAAACAGCCAUUUGUCCAAUUAUCCACCUAAUGCACCACAAUGUAGCAUCACAUUUACUUUCUCUUGACAUGAGGUAAAGUUUUUUUUUUUAAUUUUAUUACUCCAGACCAAAGCAAAUGACCAUGUGGAAUCUUAAGCAAUUAAAAAAACUACUUUAUAUUAAGCUGUUGGAGGAAGAAUCUUAUCCAAGUGUUAAGUAGCUACAGUAAUAAGCUUGUGUGGAGAACAUUUGGGAAUGGAGAAUUAUUUUGUUGGAUUUUACGUUAAGCAAUUAAAAAACUACUUUAUAUUAAGCCGUUGGAGGAAGAACCGUAUCCAAGUGUUAAAUAGCUACAAUAAUAAGCUUGUGUGGAGAACAUUUGGAAAUGGAAAAUUAUUUUGUUGGAUUUUUUUUUGAGUGUUUCAUUUUGAAGGUACAAAUCCAUUCUCAUUUAAAUCACAUACUUAGAUUUGUUAGGAAACAAAGGAAUGGUCUAACGAAGUCUUACUCUUUCUGUGAAAGAAAAUCCCUAGUAGUGGCUAUUGGUGUACCAGUGGUUUUGGGUUACAGAAAGAAUACUUUUCCUAAAGUAAUUUGUGUACACAUACAUGUUCCCACAAACCUAUAGUUACAGGCAUGUAAAUACAUAAAGAAACAUGCACCAAUGAACACACAGCAGGCUCUUCCCAAGUUUUAAAUUAGGCACCUUUGACACUUUCUGGAACUCUAGCCGAGCCAUCAGAUGUUCUUCAGUAAAGUGCAGUUUGUGAACAAAGUAAAUAUCAUAGUGUUAUAUAGGGGUCAGAUUUCCCUCAUUUUUAAAGAAGGAGGAAAUUUUUGGCUGGAAAGACUGGGACUUUGUUUUCCACUGAGGUGGGCCAAAUUUUCAGAGACCUCAGCCUACCUCCAGAAUCAAGGUGAGUCCCACCGCUUUGGAAACCAACAUUUUGAAACACCUCAGAAUUCAAAGUGACAGAGGUCAUCAGCUUCUCUGAUUUGGACGAAAGUGGUGCUUUCAAGACUUGCCCAUUUCAGUAGAUGUUGCUUGAUGCUUUUGAAAAUGCAGUUAAAUUUUUGGGCUUAUAUUCCCAGGUUUGUGUGUUUGUGCAAAUGUGAAUGCAUACCUAUAACUAGAAUAGACAGUAGUUGGUAGGAGAGUUGCUGUCAAUGCUACUAUUUCUAGAAUGUGUCCUCAACUUUCUAAGUUGUCACAUGGAACUUGAUUAAUCUGUAUUUCAAAAUUGUCAACUAUUCAUCAUGCAAGAUGAAGAAAAUCUACUUGUGACAUGAAUUAUACUGGAAGAAAUGGUAACACUUUAAAGUAUAAUUUUUUUCAUUAAAAAAUCUAUUUAUAUACAGUAUUUGCUUCGUCUUUGUGGUCUGUGAGAAAUCAUUUCCCAGACUGUGGUGACAUGUCCCCCUCCCCUCACCCCUCCACUCCCUUAUUCCUGCACUGUGUGGACUUUCUCCAUUUUUUCUCUCAAAUUAUCCUCCUGAACUACAUUUCUUUGGCGAAAAUUUUGGAGAAGAAAUUUAGGGCAUAAACAACCCCAGAAGGCACAAUCCUUCACUUCUAGAGAAAAUGUAGUGAAGAUUACCAUUCCCUGGGCAAUGAUUUAAGGAUCCUUUGUAUGUGCUGAUGCAAUGAUAAGCUAUCAUUGUAAUAUUUCAUUUUGUUGUGCUGGAUGCAGAGUUAGAAAAAUAUGUUGUAAUAAAUGAGACUUAUGAAAUAA